AUGUUGGGAUACGUGUUGGUUGGCAGUCGGCCCAUCCGUCCUCCGGCUCCUGCGUCUCUCGGAGGUGACGAUGACGGAGAUGGAUCCACGCUCCACACACCCUCCACAGCCCUGGGAAAGACCACAGCAAAGGAGCUGUCUGGGUGGAACUUUGGAGCCAAGGACUUUGGAGCGAGCGACGUUGGAGAGAAGGACAUUGGAGAGAAGGACAUUGGAGUGAAUGACAUUGGAGUGAAGGACAUUGGAGUGAAGGACAUUGGAGUGAAGGACAUUGGAGUGAAGGACAUUGGAGUGAAGGACAUUGGAGUGAAGGACAUUGGAGUGAAGGACAUUGGAGUGAAGGACAUUGGAGUGAAGGACAUUGGAGUGAAGGACAUUGGAGUGAAGGACAUUGGAGUGAAGGACUUUGGAGUGAAGGACAUUGGAGUGAAGGACAUUGGAGUGAAGGACAUUGGAGAGAAGGACUUUGGAGAGAAGGACAUUGGAGUGAAGGACAUUGGAGAGAAGGACAUUGGAGUGAAGGACAUUGGAGAGAAGGACUUUGGAGAGAAGGACAUUGGAGUGAAGGACAUUGGAGAGAAGGACUUUGGAGAGAAGGACAUUGGAGUGAAGGACAUUGGAGAGAAGGACUUUGGAGAGAAUGACAUUGGAGUGAAUGACAUUGGAGUGAAGGACAUUGGAGUGAAGGACAUUGGAGAGAAGGACAUUGGAGUGAAGGACAUUGGAGUGAAGGACAUUGGAGAGAAGGACUUUGGAGAGAAGGACAUUGGAGAGAAUGACAUUGGAGUGAAGGACAUUGGAGAGAAGGACUUUGGAGAGAAGGACAUUGGAGUGAAGGACAUUGGAGAGAAGGACUUUGGAGAGAAUGACAUUGGAGUGAAGGACAUUGGAGAGAAGGACUUUGGAGAGAAUGACAUUGGAGUGAAUGACAUUGGAGUGAAGGACAUUGGAGUGAAGGACAUUGGAGAGAAGGACAUUGGAGUGAAGGACAUUGGAGUGAAGGACAUUGGAGAGAAGGACUUUGGAGAGAAGGACAUUGGAGAGAAUGACAUUGGAGUGAAGGACAUUGGAGAGAAGGACUUUGGAGAGAAGGACAUUGGAGUGAAGGACAUUGGAGAGAAGGACUUUGGAGAGAAUGACAUUGGAGUGAAGGACAUUGGAGAGAAGGACUUUGGAGAGAAGGACGUUGGAGAGAAGGACGUUGGAGAGAAGGACUUUGGAGAGAAGGACAUUGGAGUGAAAGACUGGACAUGA